CAAUAUAGCAUUCAAAUGGAUGUUUUGGGCUGAGCAGCUGCAAACGGGCACCAUUUAGGAAAAAAACAACCCAAAUUGCUAGCAAUCGCACGGAGAAUGAGCAAGUGAACUGGAAGGAAGGAGGGAGGUAGAUGGCGGCGUCGUUUAGGUGGUUACUCCAACUCCACAAAGACGUUCCCAAGGCGGCAAAGUUCUACUCACAAGGGCUCGACUUCUCCGUCAACGUCUGUACGCUUCGGUGGGCCGAGCUCCAGUCUGGUCCUCUCAAACUUGCUCUCAUGCAAUCCCCUUGUGAUAAUGCGAUGCAGAACGGUUGCUCUUCAGUUUUAUCAUUCACAGUGAAUGACAUUAAUAGUACAGUAACAAAAUUAAUGGCAUUAGGAGCUGAACUAGAUGGUCCCAUCAAAUAUGAAAUCCAUGGCAAGGUUGCUGCCUUGCGUUGCAUUGACGGUCACAUGGUUGGCCUCUAUGAACCAGCAUAACAUGUUCUAGAGAUGAGUCCCUUCAGCAUGGUUGACCAAUUUGAGGUUUAAUUCAGCAUGGUUGACCAAUUUGAGGUUUAACUCGUUUGAAGACAUCGAAAAGACAUGCGAAACUUUCCCAUACUUUGGGUUUCCUUCAAUUAUUGUAAGUGUUCUUUCAUCCAAAUCAAUGACAGUUGUGCAGAGUGUAUAAAGAGUUGGACCUGAAAGUAAUACCAAUAAAGGUAAGUUAAUUACAAUUGAACAGAAGCUGCUCUUCAUUUCCAUCCUUCAUUUUUUACCUGUCAUGUAGAUGGGGUAUUUUGUAUCUUCUGUAUCUCCUAGAAGAGACAAGACAUCGGUUUUUGAUCCUUGUGGUAGAAAUGCUGCUCUUUUUUGCCUGCUUAUUGAGUUUUCAUCAUGUACCUUUAUUUCAAAACAUUGGUUUCAGCUUCAAUGUAAUGGAAUUGAGCUAUAUAAUUGAUUGGGACUGUGCUAAAUAACAAGAA